AUGUCAUUCCCUCCUGAAGAUGUAACGAUAAUAGUUCAAAAAAUAGCAGAAAUACUACGAUCUAAAAAUCAAACAUUAGCAAUAUCAGAAGCAGCAUGUGGUGGAUUAAUAUCUUCUUAUAUAGUAUCAGAACCAGGUGCAUCCCAAUUUUAUAUUGGUGGUAAAUUAUUAUAUUCUUUAAAACAAAGAUUGAAAUUAAGUGGUUGGUCAGAUAAUGAGAUUAGAAAUUAUAUGGGACCAAGUGAAAUAGUUGCUUUAAAAUUAGCAAGAACUGCAAAAUAUGAAUUAGGUUCUACCUUUGUAUUAAGUGAAACUGGUUUUGCUGGACCUUCUACUGAUUUACAUUUGGAUGAAGAAAAAGAAAAUAUAAUUGAUGAUAAUGAAAUUGAGAGUAAUAACAACAAUAAUAAUAAAAAUAACCCUCCAACGGCUGAUGUUGGUACAGUAUUUGUUGGAUUUACUGGUCCAAAUGGAGAUUCUUCUACUUUUAAAAAAUUCCCUAAUCAACCAAGAAAUCAAAAUAUGAUAGAUUUUGCAAAAUUUGCUCUAGAGUUCUUGUUAGAACAAUUGCAAAAACAACAGUGA